CCUUACCUUAGCCGCCAACGUCGUUCUUUCCCUCCUUUUGGUUGGCCUUUCUGCCAAUCUUCAAGAACCUGUCAACGGAAGAAACAGGAGGAGCAAAGCAUCACAGGGGGCCCAAUGGCCCUUGGAGGGUAAAAUACCUAGGUCAUUUGAUGGAGGCAAACGCUUUACAUGUGAAGUGGAAUCAACGGAUAAGGCAAGCACCCUCGGCAGCUGUUGCUUCAAUGUCACAGAUCUCAGAUACGUGCUCCUUCUGGGUACCUACCUUGAGUAGGUUCUUCAAGAAAGUGCCCUGUGAUCAGGGGAAUCGGUCUUACGUGGUCCAUGGGCGACUGCCUUACCCGGUCAAGGGUCGAUGAAAUGUCCGUGGUGAGGUAAUACAAGAGGAAGGCGUCCGCCAAGUCAACGGAGAUAUUGCUUGGUGUUGCAUUGAAGCAUCAAUUCCUGCAAGGGCAGCGACAGUCUAAGAUAUCCAUUGCUGCCUGGGAAUUGAUGAAAUGACGCCUCCCUUCCCUGAGGUAUGCUGCCCACGCUUCUAGACCUUGGGCCCCUGACUUCCAAAGAGGUGCCGAGCAUUUAAUUCAGGAAAAGGGUCGACUUUGUGACAGUGUCAAAUACAGAAGGUAACAGAGAGAGGAAGGAGCCAUGAGCCCGUGGU